AACGAUGAUGCUCGAAGCAAUGGCGCUCAUAAAAUCGAACCAACGUAUCGAGGACCAUCGGAACUUGGCCGACUGGUCGUUUUAUGCGAACGAAUCGUCCGGUGAAGAAUACUACGAAAUGCCGAUCGACAUGCGCUUCAACUCGGGCCACAUUCUGUCCAUCAUGGUGUACAGCACGUUGAUGGUGUUUUCAGCAACCGGAAAUCUUACAGUGCUUCGAAUUUUGGCUCAACGGAAGGUGCGGGCAUCGUCCCGAAUAAACAUAAUGCUAGCCCAUCUAGCCAUUGCAGAUCUGCUGGUCACUUUUCUGAUGAUGCCCUUAGAAAUUGGGUGGGCGUACACGGUUAGAUGGAUUGCCGGGGAUGUGAUGUGUCGUGUGAUGGCCUUCUUUCGGACGUUUGGGCUGUAUCUUUCCAGCUUCAUACUGAUCUGCAUAUCGGUGGACAGAUACUUUGCUGUGCUGAAACCGUUAAAGGUACAUGAACAUCGUGCCGUACUGAUGAUUGCCGGCGCUUGGAUAAUGUCCGGUCUGUGUAGUCUACCUCAGUCGUUCAUUUUUCAUCUGGAAGUACAUCCAAACAUCACAGGAUAUCAACAGUGUGUCACAUACCACUACUUCGAGGAGGAGAUCUAUCAAAUCAUCUACAACGUUAUGGUAAUGUGUCUGAUGUACACGUUCCCGUUGAUAGUGAUCCUUUACUGCUAUGGAUCGAUCUACUAUGAAAUAUUUAGCCGCACAAAUCCAAGGAAUUUAGAAAGCUUUCGGCGCUCGAGUAUCGAUGUGCUUGGUCGAGCAAAACGGAAGACUUUACGGAUGACCAUAACGAUCGUGAUUGUGUUUGUGGUUUGUUGGACACCUUACUACGUCAUGUCACUGUGGUACUGGUUAGACAAGGAAUCGGCUAAAAAUGUCGACCAACGAAUACAGAAAGGGUUGUUUCUGUUCGCCAGCACGAACAGUUGCAUGAACCCGGUCGUGUACGGUAUUUACAAUGUGCGGAAGAAACACACCGCCAAAAAUCAUCUGAAGGUACAGGAUAAAAGCUGUGGCAGCCAUCUUACGAUGAAAGUGUAACUUGCAACCCAAGUGUUCAGUGUUUG